AUGGAAAAUAGUCCAAUUGACAUAGACAUGGAUGGUGCAAGUGAGGUUGUUGAGCAAAAUAAAAUGUCGGUAGUUCGGGAAAAAAGGACAUCAAAUGCUUGGCGUAACUACACAAAUGUUAGAGAUCCAAAGACGGGCAAGGUUGUAAAGGCACAAUGCAAACAUUGUUCCAAACUCUUGACAGUUACUACAAAGAAUGGUACAUCAUCUUUGAGUAAACAUAAUGCUAUAUGUUUACAAAAUCCUCGGAAUAUUGAUUUAAAACAAAAGAAAAUUAGCACAUUUAGAACAAGUAAAAGUGAUGUCACCACUGUUUCUAACAGGGAAUUUAACCAAAAUACAAUCAGACUUGUUGUAGCAAAAAUGAUUGUCAUUGAUGAGCAACCAUUUUCAUAUGUUGAACGUGACGGGUUUAGAUAUUUCUGUAGUGUUGUUGUUCCACAGUUUUGUAUCCCGUCACGUUUCACGGUUGCUAGAGAUGUUAGUAAACUUUUUCUUAGUGAGACGGAGCAAUUGAGAAAUACCUUGAAAAAUUUGAAUUGUAGGAUUGCUCUUACUACCGAUUGUUGGACUUCUGUGCAAAAUAUAAGCUAUAUGUGUUUAACUGCUCAUUUUAUUGAUGAUAACUGGAAAUUGCAUAAAAGAAUUUUGAAUUUUCAGAAUAUUGAUAGUCAUAAAGGAAAGGAAAUCGGGAAAGAAAUAGAAUCUUGUAUUCUUUAUUGGGGUAUUGAAGAGAAGUUAUCUUGCAUCACUAUAGAUAACGCAAGUGCUAAUGAUGUAGCUGUCGCUCAUAUAACAGAUAAUCUAACAUAUAAACUUGUCCUAGGUGCAUUGGUAUCUCUUGAUGUACCAACACGGUGGAAUGCCACUUACAUUAUUUUAGAAACGGCACUUAAGUUUGAGAGAGCUUUUAAAAGAAUGAGACAAGAAGACCCCGCAUUUGAAAAAGAGCUUAAAGAUGGAUUUCCAUCCCAAAAAGAUUGGGAAAAUGCAAGAAAUUUAUCCCUUUGUUUGAAGCAGUUUUUUGAAGCCACGAAAAGGAUGUCGGGAACUUUAUAUGUUACGGCUAAUAUGCAUUAUCAUGAGAUCUUAGGUGUACUUGCUUCCUUGUAG